AAGAUUGAAGCUGUGAUUACAACGACAAAUAAUGAAACGACUCUUAAGGAACUUCAUGCUCAUAACAACAGCAUGAUGCGUACGGGACAUCCAGGUGAUGCCAAAGCAAUUGCAAUUAGCAGUAGGCCUCCAGGCUCCUUGUCCCAAGCAGAACUUCGUGGCGAAGAACAUCCAUCACCGAGGCCGCCGAAGACUGUUGUACGUAAGAAGGACGACAAAAGCACUGCUGCUCAGCUGUUGUUCUCGCAACUCAUGAAUGUCCAGCCGAAGUUCAGAGAUACGCAAAAAUUUUGUUUACAGUCGCAAUCACAAUCUCCUUCACAAGUUACGGUGUCAGCCGAUUGGCUCAGCGCAUUUCUACUCAACAAUCCCACUCUGCUCCCUUUACUACAGCAUGGACAUACUGGACAUGGAGACACAGAGGUAUGA